CCAGCUUUCCUAGUCAUUGCCUCGUUCUUCGGGAGGCCGUGGAAUGCUUUCUCAUUAAGUUUGUCCUAAAUGGUGUGCCGUCUUAAAGGCCUGAACGACCGGGAAGCAAGGAAAGAAUUCUAAAUAGAAAGCAGGCAGAGUCCGAGCUUAACUGCGCGGCUGGCGAAGGAGCAAAUGGGAACCAAGGUCAUAGCCGCGGCAGCAGCAGCCGCCUACGAGGAGCUGAAGCUACACAUAACACCAGAAAAAUUUUACGUGGAAGCUUGCGAUGUUGGAGCAGAUGAUGUACUUACCAUUGACAGAGUGUCCACAGAAAUUACUCUUACAGUUAAAAAAGAUAUUCCACCUUCAGCCAUUACCAGGCAAAUAUGUGGUAUUUUGGGAACAAUCCGUCUAGUGGCAGGCACUUAUCUUAUUGUUAUAACAAGAAAGAGAAAAGUAGGUGAAUUUUUCAAUCAUGUAGUCUGGAAAGCAACUGAUUUUGACAUCCUCUCUUACAAAAAGACAAUGCUACAUUUAACUGAUAUUCAGGUGCAGGAUAAUAAAGUCUUUUCAGCAAUGAUUAGUCAUAUAUUGAGUGUGGAUGGAUUUUAUUUUUCUACAACAUAUGACUUGACACACACCUUGCAACGAUUGGCCAAUACCAGUCCAGAGUUUCAAGAAAUGAGCUUGCUAGAGAGGGCAGAUCAACGGUUUGUGUGGAAUGGGCACCUUCUUAGAGAACUUGCUGCUCAACCUGAGCUCCAUAGGUUUGCAGUUCCAGUUAUACAUGGUUUUAUUAUUAUGCAUACUUGUUCCAUUAAUGGUAAAUACUUUGACUGGAUUCUAAUUUCUCGACGAAGCUGUUUCAGAGCUGGUGUACGCUACUAUGUGAGGGGUAUUGAUUCUGAAGGACAUGCAGCUAACUUUGUAGAAACAGAACAAAUUAUACAUUAUAAUGGAAACAAAGCUUCUUUUGUCCAGACACGAGGAUCAAUUCCCUUUUUCUGGUCACAGAGACCAAACCUCAAAUAUAAGCCAAAGCCACAGAUCAGCAAAACAGUAAACCAUAUGGAUGGCUUCCAAAGACACUUUGAUUCACAGAUUAUUAGCUAUGGAAAACAAAUGAUUGUUAAUCUGGUUAACCAGAAAGGUUCAGAAAAGCCUCUGGAACAAACUUUUUCCAAAAUGGUAGCUGGUUUAGGAAGUGGAAUGGUCAAAUAUAUAGCCUUUGAUUUUCAUAAAGAAUGCAGUCAUAUGAGAUGGGAUAGACUCCAAAUUUUACUAGAUCAACUUGCUGCACCACAAGAUGAAUAUGGCUAUUUUCUAGUUGAUGCAGAAGGAAAGGUGGAUAUGCAACAGGAAGGAAUAUUCCGCAGCAACUGUAUGGAUUGCCUGGACAGGACAAAUGUGAUUCAGAGCCUUUUAGCACACCGUUCUCUACAAUCACAGCUGCAGAGAUUAGGUGUUUUGCAUGCUACCCAGAGACUUGAAGAACAAGCAGAAUUUGAGAAAAUUUAUAAAAAUGCAUGGGCUGAUAACGCAAAUGCUUGUGCCAAACAGUAUGCUGGAACGGGUGCCUUAAAGACAGACUAUACCAGAACUGGAAAGAGAACACAAUGGGGCCUGUUAAUGGAUGGUUGGAACUCACUAAUUCGUUACUAUAAAAACAACUUUUCUGAUGGGUUUAGACAGGAUGCUAUAGAUCUCUUUCUUGGAAAUUAUUCAGUGGAUGAAGUAGAUUCUCUCAGUCCUUUUCACAUACAGAAAGACUGGAAGUUUUUGGCUUUACCUAUCAUUAUGGUAGUUGCUUUUUCAAUGUGCAUUAUCUGUUUGCUUAUGGCUGGGGACACAUGGACAGAGACACUGGCCUACGUGAUGUUCUGGGGAACUGCAAGUUUUGGAACUCUUGCUAUCAUCCUUUACAAUGGCAAAGAUUUUGUAGAUGCACCUAGGCUGGUUCAAAAGGAAAAAAUGGACUGAAUUUGUGUGUGUGGAAAGCGGCUUGGUAGAGAUGACUCCUCAGUUCAUACAUGGAGUCUUUACUGACCUGCUUUCCACACUAACGUCUGGGGGCAGGGUUAGGUUUCAUUUUUGAAGGGUGAGAAAGUGAUUCCACUUGGUUACUUGGUGGAAGGGACUGACUUUUUUGUUCUGUAGUUGCAAUGAUUGCAUUUGUUGGGGAACUUGCAUACACAAGAUGGAAAUGAAAGCCACUAACGCUGUGCCUAACACAGGGAGACCUGAAUUCCUAAAGAAUCUGUGACUGUAUUAUUCCAGCAGUAUAAUAUUGUAAGAAGUCUUAGAUAGUUCCAUUACUAAGGAAGAUUAUGAUCUUCUGGUGUGUCAAGAGAUCUAUCUGUUGCUAGGUUAAAGUAUGUAUCAGUUAUCUUCUCUGGUACAUGGAAAAGCUUUGCUUAUUAAUCGUAACAAUUGCUGCUUUACUGAUUUCGGAUUGGAUAUCCAUAUAGUCAGUUUGUAAUAUUGCAAAUACAAGGUUAUUUUUUUUUAAUUACGUAAAUCCAAGAGCAUCUGUUUUCUUAGAUUUCUUUAAUAAAAUACUUUUUUUUCUGAAGAAAACUUCCUUCAGCCAGCUAUGGAUGAAAAUAAUGCAAUAUUCUGUUAAAACAUUGUUGUGAGGAUGAGACGUAGAACUGAUUUUUCUGGGAUAUGUCUUGUGCUGCUUUAAUAACUGUUGCUCUUAGCUUCAGAUAACAAAUUUCCAUGUGAUUCAAAUAGUUUUUUUUUUUAAAAAAAAGAUGUACAUGAAAUCAAAGAAUGUAGAAAAUGGUUAUUUAAACCCUCAUGCUAAAGGUCCAAAGUAUUCAUUUCUUUCUGAAGAAUCUCAAAUGGAGAUGGAUUUUUGAAAUUGGCAAUCCAGUUACUGUAUCUGCUGCCUUGGAUUUAGUAAGAAUGAUCUAUGGAAAAUUGAAUGAAUAUUCGAUAAUUUUUUCUUUGGAAAUAUUCCAUGUUUCCACUUGGGAUCAAAAUCAGCUUUUUGUGCAUGCCAUAACUAUUUCUCUACAACUGUAACUCUCAAAAUGAGCAAGCUAUAAUAUAGUCUUAUGCUAAUUAUUAAUAAAUACAUGUCUCAAUUCUAGUGCUUCCAAGCUUUCUAUUGAAACUAUACCUAAAUCAAGGACCAAUUUAAAACCAUUCUGUCAUCUAUUUUCUAUUUAUGUUCAAAACCAGACAUGAAUCAGCUUCAAGUGCAGUGCAUUAUUUUUAGUAAAUUCAGCUGAAAUUAUGUUAUUUAAAUACUAGGAGACUCUGUAGCAAGUUUCAGCAGAUAAGGUUUCCUCUCCUAAAUUAAAACUAAGCGGAUUGCUACAAUAUUUUCAUUGUUUAAAAAUUGAACCUCUUAUUAUAUGAACUUUGGAAACAAAAACUGUUAACUGAAUGGGGUGGGGUUUGUUUUUGUUUUGUUUUUUUGAUUAUCCUUUCAGUUAUUUGUAACAAAUACAUGCUGUUCCUGUUUUCUUUUUAAAUAAUCUAGUUUAAAGAAAGCAAUAGAGGUUUGAGUCUGCUUAAAUAUGUGGGAAAUACAAGAAAACUGUGCAUUAAAUGGAUGGUCUCUAUGUUGUUGUUUUUCUUUUAAAAGACUCUUCCUUGAUCCUUCUGUGCAUUUCUUAAAAAUAAUUGCAGCAGAAGAAAAAGAUCUGGAUAGUUUCUAGUUGCUAGAUGGAAACUCAAAUUCUUUAAAUUUGGAGGUUGGGAGAAUGUCUCUAUUCCAGUGCAUUAUAAAAAAGGUUGCAAACAAUAUAUUUAAACAAUAAUAAAACUUCAAUUUUUUUAAAGUAAUGUCUUUUGUGUCUGAAUGUUAGACAAUGUGUACAAUAUAUAUAACAUUUACAUUAUGAAAUUCCUUCUUCCAUCAAAUAUCAACUUUGUAAAAUCAUUCAUACUGUAUUAUUUUCAACAUCUUGCAGGUUGUUCUAUGGCUAUGCAUUAUGCUAAGUACCACUGUUUUAUACCAUUGUAUCUGAUUAGCUAAUUACAUAUCAAAUUCAUACCAGCAAAUGAGCUUUUUUUUUUUUUUACUAUAAACUCCUUUAAAUGAAGGCUGGAAUAAAAUAAAUUCAGUCUCUUGGAGAAAAAAUGUAUAAAUGUUCCCAUCUCAAAAAAAAAAAAAGUAACCAUUUCUAGCAAUGUGGUUUUAAGUUUUCCAGCAAUUUCUAAUGCUGCAAUUAAUUGGCUCUUGUUUUAAAACAAUGUUUCCACCUUAAUCAAUACAGAAGCAGGGAUAAUUGAUUGACUUAGAGUGGGGGGGAUUAUGGGAAAAGUAGCAAGGCUUGCAGCAUCAUCUUUGGAUCAGGAUUGAAAUGAUUAUGAGUGGAACAUCACUGGUAAGUCUGCUGCCUUAUCUCAGGUAGUUCUGUUCAAGUCUGCUUUAAUUUUAGUUUGAAGCACUACAGAUAUUGGUGAAAGUUUGGAGUGGAAAGAAGACAAUAAUGCAUUAACAGGAGGAAGAACAAUAUUUUGAAAAACAAACAAUAUGCUUCUGCUCUCUGCUUGCACAUGUAGAAUUUUUGGGUUAAAAGUUAUUUUGAUGGCUGUUCCUUUGCCUGCCUAUUCUAGCAACAACUAUUUACUUCUUUCCACUAUAUAAAUUAAUCAGUCCCAAAAGCUUACAAUUGUUUAUAUUGAAUGACUGUUGUGGCUAUGAAGAAAAACGUAUGUAGAAUUUUUUUAAAAAAAA